UAUUAGUGUCAUGCUUUGUAGAAUAGCCAUUAUGCUACAUGAAUUAUGACCUUGUAGAUUUAAUUUAAUUUUUUUUUUAUUUAACAGUUUGUCUGGUAGUAUUCCACCUCACUGAUUUGUAUCUUGUACUGGUUAUUUGGUUUUGUGAAUUCACAGAGAUACUGUAUGUCCAUUUUAUUUUAAUAAUCAGGAGCAACUAGGUGCUUUCAAAGAGCAGACUCUAAUCAUUUGUCCACCAUUCAUUGGUUGUGCAAACACUGGAACUGUUUACUAAAUAAACACAGCAAGAAAGUAAAAAGUUCAACCCCUGGUGGAAGUUUGGGGUGGAACUGUCUCUGUUUUAACCAACCAAAGGCAAAAGGGAGGCGUGUUUGUUUGUUAAUUGUUAUCCUUGUGAAAAAGAAGUGCACUUGUAGUGUGCUUCAAAUCUUAAGUAUAUUCUUAAAAACCUGUACUUCUGUAUUCAUGAUACAAGGGGGCAUAACACAGAGUUUCUCACGUUAAUCUUGAGUACCUAUAGAGUAGUACUGCAUCCUUCAUAUCUCCAAAGUCUUUAGUUUUAUCAUAUUUAUAAAAGAAAGAUAAAAUCUUAAGAUUCUUUCUGUAAAAAUCUGAGCACCUGGAGGAUGAGCACUUGCAGCAAUUGCAAACAAAAUAGAUGACAUAUGUACCAUCAGUAACCAUAUUUCAAAGACAGGAGAAGUAAUUAUGAAAUAAUAUAUAAUUUAGUGGGUCAAGAAGAGCUUUUGCAUUUAAUAUAUAAAUUUAAACUAUUAAUAACAUUUUUAUUUCAUUGUAAAUAACAUAAAAUAAACAUUACAAGUAUAUUCUUUUAACAGAUAUAAUUUCCAUAAUAAAUACUAAACAAAGUUAAGUAUGCUAAAGUGUACUUCUCUUUCUCAAGGUUUGUGGCAGAAAAUCAAUAUGCUGAUUUAAAAAAGAAAACACGUUUGCUCUUCAAUUGUACCUAUCAGCUCAUAUUUCUGUGUUCAGUGUGAAGUCCGGUUUCAUCACAGCAGUUUGUUUUGUAUGUUAGCAAAGGCCAGCAAACCAGUUUGUUACGUUUGUUAUGACCGUUGUCUUUCCUUUACGGUUGUCACCACGAGUGUUUUUGUUCCCUUCUUAUCAUGUGACAGCUUCCUUGAGAAGAGUGAUAUAGAUGUUGUCUUUGCUUUCUGUAAAUCUUCUGAUCACUCUCUGUCCACGCUGAAUGGGACAUGCAUUAGUGACAGGCAAAAGCGGCUUUGUUUCCAGCUUUAGCAACAGGGUUUUCCUCAGAUGAUUAUGAUCAACACUCGGACUGGAGCCGUGUAGACCUCCAGAGAACACUAGAGCAGGACGAAGACCUCCUCAGAAGCAGCUGGUCUGGACGGCCGGUCCAUCAUCGGCGGACAGCCGUCAGUCCAGACCGCACCAGGAGCCUGUCUCUGGAGAGUGAGCCACCUGCGACUUUCCUGGUCCGCAGCGCUGCCCUGGAAGACCUGACAUCGGUCGGGGAGAGGAUUGUAGAAGCAAGGGCUCCAUACAGCGAGACCCUCCAGGAAGAGGAAGAGCUGUCUUUUUAUGGCAACGAGGGCCAUGUUGAAGACGAAACCCUUCCAGCGUGGGCCAGUAGGGCUCACGCGACGCUCGCUCAAUAUGUGCCUUUUGAAACAAAAGAACAUAGCUUUCCCAAAACCGUACCUCAUGAACACAUGGAAGCAAUGGGAGAAGUGCAGGAGAAAGCCGAUGCUACGUUAUCAGGGGUUGAUCGCAACGUUAUCGCUACCGGUGAAGACGCCAGCAAGACAGAAGCCAUUCCUCCCCCUACAAGCACAAUUGGCUCUCCAAAAGGUGUCCACGUCUCCCCAGCAAGAAAAUCCCUGGUGCCCGUGGCUCAGUUCAAAGCUCAGUCCAAGACCAAUGGUGAUGCUGAAAAGAGGACCCCUAAAAAUAGUAAAGUCAGACCCUCCUCCCAUAAAACAACUUCCUCCAUCCCGAAAAAGACCUCCUCUAGUAGAUCUCCCUCAGUGUCUUCCACCAGUUCUGGCCCCAAAGAAUCCAGACCAAGAGCUCCUAGUAGCAGUAGACCUCAUGCUGCCGGUACAAAGAUUCCUGCCAUGACUGCGGCUGCCAAAAAUGGAAAAGACUCUCCUAAGACCCCGGAGACCAGCGGGCACAGCAGCCCCGGGACUCCCAAAUCCCCUGCCAGUAAGGCUGCGGGUGGCAAGCCUCCAAGCACAGGAAAUGAAAUCAAGAAGGUCGCAGUGAUUCGCUCGACCCCUAAAUCUCCGAAGAACCGCUCACCCACAUCACUGUCAGCCGCUACCCCCCUCCCUGACCUGAAGAACAUACGAUCCAAAGUCGGCUCCACUGACAACUUAAAGCACCAGCCUGGAGGUGGCCGGAUACAAAUUCUUGACCAGAAGGUGGAUUUCAGUAAUGUUCAGUCCAAGUGUGGCUCCAAAGCCAACCUCAGGCAUGUGCCAGGAGGUGGAAAUGUACAAAUUUUUGAUCAGAAGUUGGACGUUAGUACCGUCCCUUCUAAGUGUGGCUCCAAAGACAAUAUCAAUCACACACCUGGAGGUGGCAAUGUAACAAUUCUCGAUCAGAAGGUGGACUUCACUAAUGUCCAGUCAAAGUGUGGCUCCAAAGGCAAUUUGAAACAUGUACCGGGAGGUGGCAAUGUUCAAAUUCUCGAUCAGAAGUUGGACUUAAGUAGCGUGCAGUCUAGGUGUGGUUCCAAAGAUAAUAUGAAACAUGUACCCGGAGGUGGAAAAGUCCAGAUCCUCCACAAAAAGAUUGAUCUGAGCAAUGUGCAAUCCAAGUGUGGAUCGAAAGACAACAUUCGCCACAAACCAGGUGGAGGAAACAUUGAGAUCAGGUCUGAGAAGCUUGAAUUCAAGGCUCAGUCAAAGGUCGGAUCUAUGGACAACAUUAAACACGUACCUGGAGGAGGCAGCAGGAGGAUUGAGUCGCACAAGCUGCUGUUCCGUGAGCAGGCCAAAGCGCGAACCGACCAUGGCGCAGAAAUCGUGUCUCUAGAGGAGUCGCCACACGGCCUGAGCACCGUCUCCUCUUCUGGCAGCAUCAACAUGGCAGACCCGCCGCAGCUUUCCACCCUCGCUGACCAGGUGUCUGCAUCGCUGGCCAAGCAGGGCUUGUGAUUGGACCAUACCGCCACCAAACCAUGCCCCCAAACCCCCGUCCCCUCCCAUUCUCUUCCGCAUACCUGAUGGUAUUCUAACCUCUCUCUGAAAGUCAUUUUGUGGCCCAGAAAACAACGCCAAGUAAAUUUUGGCAGUCACUGUUCGAUUUUGUAAUACUUUAGACUUGUUAUAGGCCAAUGAAGCUGUUUGAACUAUGAACUAUGUAUAAAUUUCCUUCGCUUUAAGGCAUCGUCCAUUUUUAACAAUUGGGAAUUUCCUCCAAAGCCCACCCUUGACUAUAUUAAGUAGCACAAAAUUACGUUAACGUAUCUGUAUGGCUUUUGUUGACCGUUAUAUAUUUCCUUAUGCAUGCCAUUUUUUGGUUACUACUGGAUUUAGGCCAGUUCAUGCAGAACCCAUUUUUACUUUCAGAGAGGAUUGUUCUCAUUUUUAAAUCAGGCUAAAAUUAGAUCGAGAUUAUGAAUAAGUCGCUUAGCAGUGCUUAAAAUGAAAAUUAGAGCAACGUAUCUUGACUCUGAGAAAGAAAGAAACUUAAAGCCCCACAGUUUACGUUUGAAAUGAUUUGCGAGGCUUAUGAGAAGAGAAACAGGUGCAUUACAGCUUUGCGUAGAAAGCUGUUUAGUUCUUUUCAAUCUCUCGUAUGUGCUGUCGAUCAGAGAUUAUACUUCACGUCUAAAAUGACCAUGAGAUUCUGAGUGCUUCAUACGAAAACAUCCCUCACGGUAUUAUUCUGCGGGAUGUUUAUAAAAUGAAAACACUUUUUUUGUGUGCCUACUGGCAGUCUUAAAUUAUUGAUUUGAAUAAUGUCAGUGCUUCAUUGAAAAUGCCUCCUUUUUUUAAUUUACUCGUUCUCUAACUUGGCAACUAACAGAACAUCUUUUUUUUUUUUUUUUUUUUUUACAUGAACAUAAAAUUGUAGCCACGUGUUUUAAAUCGGGAUGGUUUGGUAACAUUUUACUAUGAGGUUCAUGUUAGGUAUCAUUGAAAGAACUACGAACUAUACUUUUACGGCACUUAUUAAUAUCAAUUAAAGUCCAUUUCUACAUAUACGUAUGCAUUUAUUUACUAACAUCGUACAAUACGAAAGAAGUUGACCUGGAUUAAAAAUUGCUGUAAAAAAUGACUAUUUUUGUUUGAUUCAAAAUGCAUUGACUAACAUUAUCGUAAAGUGUUAUUGUUUUAUUAAUAACAGGUUGCAUGUGAGAAAUCUGAACGUUGUUUGAAAUAUCUUGUGGAAAAACAACCUAUGCACCUGUACACUUCCUCCAUAAUACUGCCAACAGUUCCUCUCAUUUCUCUAGCUGAGAAAUGAUUUAUGAGAUGAAUUGCCAAACUGUUCUUUUUCAGGCACGCACUGUAUUAUAAAUCUUCUGGCGACGUUAACUAUAUCAAGUAUUGUAUUCUUCACAGAAAGCGUCACUCGAGCACAAGCAUGCAGUUCAACUUGGAUCCGUCACACAUCAUCCGCUUCCACUUUAUAGCUGUAAAAUUUUACGUCAAGGUCUUCUGUUUUUACUGAACGACGAUGUAACGACCUCAGCCAAUCUUGUGGCUCAAAUUCUCUCCCCUGCACUGCACUAUCGCAGAAUGUUUAAUGAGCUUCGAACCACUCCACAUGAUCUCUGCUCCUUGCAUGCAUUUCAUGUAAGCAGCCUGUGAUAACUGCGUUGCCUCUUACACGCCUACUUGCGUAUAUCCCAUAAUCGCUGAUGUGCUUAUUAGGAAUCUAUGUAGAAAGUAGUGGAAAAGAGCACUACUCGGAUGGCGACCCCCGUUUCUUUGUGUUGGAGAUGGAGCCGUGUAACUACCAUUAGAUAUUUAAUGUAUGUUUAUUGUAUGUUUAUGACUGUACGUUUAUAUAGGGACUUGAAGAGACUUCAAAAAAAAAAAAAAAAAAAUUAAAUAAGCAGAGAAGUUCAGAAACCAUGCCUGCAACAUUUUAAUCUGCAUGCUGAGUUUUUACAUGAAUUGGCAACACGUUUCUGAACGUUUUCUGACCGGGGUGUUUUUGGGAAGGUGGGGAGAGCUUGGAUGUGGGAUAAGCUGUUUGUUACGGUUUUGAUGUUGUCAUGAGAGGGGAAGGGACAGGAAGAGGGAAAGUAAGUCAGUCGGUCCUUUGGUUUAAAUGUCUCACUCUAUAGCACACCUUCGACGUGGUUCUGGGUGCAGUUUUGCCAUCCUGUUGACAUCGACUCCAUACACCAUUUUUGCAGUUGUAAAUUUUAGCUUGGGAACUGUGGUUGUCAAUAUUGUUCGUGUGUUUUAUUAAUAACUGGUUUACAAUGAUUCUUGUUGAUGUACAUGUGAAUUUGGAAAUAAAGGAUAUUAAGCAAA